CUAUACCAUAUAUGUAAGUAUAAAACUUCGGAUAAUGGACAAACUAUCGUUGGUGUAAAAAUGAAUUUUAGUAAAUCUUUAAACUACCAUUAAUAUUUCAAUUUAAAAGUAAAUAUUAUAUAUGAAUUCAUAUAAUUAAAUGGAAGUGUACUACUGUUUAUUCUUGGUCAUUGGGAGAGCUCUUAGUAUGCAAAGGAGGAGGAUAAUCGAGAAAACAUAUCAUAUUGUGAUAGAUAGGAUAGUGAGAGCGGUACAAAUGUGGUAAGUUCAUAGGUCUUGUGGUUGAACUUAACACGACGUUCCAUUUACAAUCUUAUGAACGGCAAUAUGACUUGGUGAUUGCUAGUUCAUAGGUCUUGUGGUUGAACUUAACACGACGUUCCAUUUACAAUCUUACGAACGGCAAUAUGACUUGGUGAUUGCUAGUUCAUAGGUCUUGUGGUUGAACUUAACACGACGUUCCAUUUACAAUCUUACGAACGGCAAUAUGACUUGGUGAUUGCUAGUUCAUAGGUCUUGUGGUUGAACUUAACACGACGUUCCAUUUACAAUCUUACGAACGGCAAUAUGACUUGAUGAUUGCUGAGAACUCAAGGGAAACAAGUCUGUCUUAGUUCUUGUUUGAGAAAAUUGAGCUGAAAAUUGUGAAGUGAGAUCGAGCAAGCUAAGUUGAAUUAACUGACAGAGGCGUGCUUAGCAAGGAGAUUUGCAAGCAAAGAAAAGGAGCUCUGAUGCUCAAAUUGGAUUUAAGUUCGAAUCUCUAGGUCGGUUUCAAACAGAAUUUGCAUACUUGCUUGAGUGAAAUGAGGAUGUGUUUACAGAGAUUUGAAUGAUGGUUCCCAUUGCACGGCGGGAUCGCGGCGUGACCCGGACGGUUAUUAACUCCCUUUAAUGCUCUGGCCCGGAGCUCGGGCUUACCGAGUUGCGGGCCUUCUUGCUACUUGGUUAAGUUUGGGUAGUCGAGCUACGCAAGUCGGUGACCUAGGUCCACAUGGCAUUCCUUGAUUUCUCUCCAAACCAUCAUUUUAUUAUAGAAAGGUUCAAAGAUGAGAUAGUAUGUGAUGUAGUACCAAUGCAUAUCAGAGACAUCCUACUUGAGAGACCAUGAUAAUUUGAUAGGACGUUCAAUGGUUUUCUUCCCCAUUACAUUUUUACGCAUCUUGUUAGAAAAUUACACUUCUUCUCCUAUACAUUAAAGAUGUACGUGUUUUGAUCAAAUGAAGUUGAAGAAAUAAGAGUAGAGGCCACGAAAAUAAGUAAAAAGAAGAAUUUAAAGAAAAAAGAGAAUUUGAAAAAGAAAGAGAGUUGAGAAAAGCAAAAGAGUAGCUUGUGCUAGACAAUCUCUUGAGGUUAGAAAAGAAUUAUUUUCAAGGGCAUACUUGUAGUUAUUUUUUAGGAAACUAACUCUUAUUUCUUUUUAUUGCUUUUGAGACUUUUUAACAAGAAUUCAAAGAUGUCUCUUUCUUAAAACGUUGCCAAAGAGCUACCAUCAUCAAGGAGCACAAGAUAAAUUUCAUCUUGGGAGCAUCAAUAUCCAACACCAACCCAGAUAUUCAAGGACAAGUCUAUAAUCACCAAGGAGAUCCAAAUGCAAAGUAGAUGAAUUUCUUGUCCAAAGAGCACGCACAAGGAGAACAAAAGAUCUUGAGAAAAUCAACUAAGUGCACAUGGAUAAGAGUGAAAUUUCCCUCACAAUACAGUCAUUUCAUCAGUGCGCAAGCUUAAUCUCGAUCAAGUUGAGCUCAACAAAUUAUCUAUUAUGAAAAUCUCAGGUACUACCACUUGUUCGAAGCUUAGGACUUGAAAAUCAUAUGCUCAACGACAGUCCAACUCAAACAGAAACAAUAGACAAUGUAGUGACAAAUCCGUGAAUCAAGCUUGGAUCAAUAAUGAUGGCCUAUUGACAUCUUGGCUCUUGAGAAUCAUUACCGAAGAAGUUCUAGCUAUGAUAGAAGGUUUGACACUGCUCAUCAAGCCACGAAGAUGCCUAUGGAUGAUUUGAGCAAAGUAUUUACCUUGGCAUGUGGAUUGGGGCCUCAUACAAGGAAUUCAGAACGACAAUGCUUUCCAAAUCUCCCUAUCCAACCUUCAAUCAGUUUAUUCUUUCUCUUAGAGCGCAUGAACAAAUAAAUCAAAUGGAAGAUGAAGAAGUCAAGGUAUCCCUCCCUAAUAUGAAUCAAGCUUUCUAUAGUCAUAGGGGAAGAGGGAGAGGAAGAAGAAGCAAACCAUUUACCUCUCGUGGUAUAGGAUUCCAACCAAGCGAAGUAGCACUCCUCAAACAAUGCAUCAGAACACCUCUGUUUUCAACAAUGCUUCUAUUUUCUCUGACACACAGCAGCCUAAAUCAAGCCCCACCAGAAAUGAAGGUAAUCAAAUAGUUUGUCAAAUAUGUGGAAAGCCUAAUCAUACUGCCAUAAAGUGUUGGAGUAGGUUCGAUCAUUCAUACCAAAGUGAUGAAAUACCAACAACAUUGGCAGCAAUGACACUAAGUGAGGAACAUGAUCCAACACUCUAUGUAGAUUCAGGGGCAACAUCACAUGUGCUUAAUGAUAUAGGUACAAUCUCUUACCUAAAACUUUAUAAUGGGAAUGAAAAACUAUUUGUUGGAAAUGAGGUUGGAUUAAAUAUAUCACACAUAGGCCAAGGGAAAUUACACACAAAAACCAGUAUGCUAAAUUUAAAAGAUGCCUUGAUUGUUCCUAAUAUUAAAAAGAAUUUGAUUUGAGUUAGUAAGUUAACCAAUGAUAACAAUUACUAUAUAAUUUUUCAUGCGGAUGGUUUUGUUAUGAAGAGCAAACAUGGGACAAUACUAGCAAAAGGAACUAAGCAAAAUGGAUUGUAUGCCUUGGAUCAGAAGCCGCUACAAAUAUUCAAUAUGAAAACUGCAUUUACUACUACUACAUCAAAUAAAGUGCCUAUCCAUAUUUGGCAGAAACGUUUAGGUCAUUUAAACAAUUUGUCUAUUAAGCAUUUAGAUAAUAGCAACUUGAUUCAUGUAUCAAAUGGGAAGAAAGCAAAACAUGUGUGUGAAACUUGCCAAAUGAGCAAGAGUUGUAGGCUGCCUUUUUCAUUGAAUGAUAAGUCAAGCAUGGUUUCUUUUGAUAGAAUUCAUUGUGAUUUAUGGGGUCCUGCACCCACUCUGCUAGCUGUGUAGAUGAUUAUUCUAGGUUCACUUGGAUUUAUCCUCUAAAAAGAAAAGAUGAGUUAAUGGAAUGCUUUAUUAAAUUUUAGAAGAUGGUGGAAACUCACUUUGAUAAAAGAAUUACAAUAUUUCAGUCCGAUGGAGGAGGUGAGUUUACUUCUUUUUAAGUUCAAAUGUUUUCUAGAUCAAAAGGGUAUAGUUCAUAAUAUGACAUGUCCUCACACACCCCAACAAAAUGGAGUGGUUGAGAGGAAACGUAGACACAUAGUUGAGACCAGGUUAGCCUUAAUUUUUCAAUCAAGCAUUCCCCUAAAAUAUUGGGUAGAUGCUUUUCUCACAUCUACGUUCAUCAUUAAUAGAAUGCCCUCCAAAGCACUUGAGAUGAAAUCCCCUUUUGAAAAACUACUCCAAAAUAAACUCAACUAUAUGAUAGCUUUAAAGUCUUUGGAUGUAGAUGCUAUCCUUAUUUAAAAUACCAAGYAAAAAAUAAGUUUGCUAAGAAGACCUAUCCAUGUGCGUUUGUUGGUUAUAGCACUCAUCAUAAGAGAUAUAGAUGCCUAGACUCUAAUACUAAUCGUAUUUAUAUAUCAAGACAUGUCAUAUUUGAUGAAGAAAAUAUGCCUUUUGAAAAACAACCUACACACCACACAACAACAACGUACUCUAGAAAUCACCACUUUUUCAGAUAUAGGAAUUGGAGAAUGGAUUUACCCUUGGUGUGAAGAACAGGUUGAAGUACUCCCUACUAAUCCUACAUUAGCAACCAGUAGCUCAAACACUCAAAGUCUUGYCACCAUGAGAAAAAUCUACCUUGAAGAAGAUUCUCAUGACAGCAMCAUGAGGUCAAAUGAUCAAAGUAGCAGUCAUCGUGAAACUUGCAGCAGUAGGAGUGAAAGGUCUAUGAGCAUAAUCAAUGAAGUCUCUAAUCAAGAACUAAAACAAAACAUGAUAGAAGAACAACAAUCAGUUCCAGAACGAACAACUACACCAGUAGCAGAAUCAAUCCCUACAGACACUGAACUAACAAUGUAUCAAUUUGGCUCUCCCUUGAAUAACCUUAAUUCAAGUUAAAUUGACUGAUUUACCUGAUAUAAAUGACAAUUUGUAUAUUAACCUGCCUUUUGACAACAAUACAAGAUCUUCAAAUGCAGCUCACAAUCACACAUUGCAACCACCAAUAAGAGAUAAAACUAGAAUAUUGUCCACACAUACUAUGAUGACUAGGUUGAAGUGAAAACAACCUAUCUCCAACAUAGAACAGCAACCCAAAUCACUUAUAGCCACCACAACAACCCUUGAACCAAAAAUAUUCAGAGGUGCAAUUCAGAAUCCUAUCUGGAAGAAAGCAAUGGAGGAAGAAAUCCAAGCACUUCAUGAUAACAAGACCUGAGAACUUGUCCCAAAACUACCUAACACGAAUAUAGUUGGAUCAAAAUGGAUUUUCAAAACCAAGUUCAAAGAAGAUGGGUCACUAGAGAGACACAAGACUAGAUUGGUUGCCCAAGGUUAUUCACAUGUAGAAGGCUUAGACUAUGACGAAACUUUCAGCCCUGUCAUAAAACCUACAACGAUUCGUUUGGUAUUGGCUUUAGCUGCUCCACUCAAAUGGCCACUCAAGCAACUAGAUGUCAAAAAUGUUUUCUUGCAUAGACACCUCAAGGAGAAAGUCUACAUGUCUCAACCUCCAGGUUUUUCUAAUCCUAGCUAUCCUAAUCAUGCUUGGAUGUUAAAACGAUCAUUGUAUGACUUAAACAAACACCAAGAGCAUGGUUUGAUAGACUAUCUCUAUUUCUCAUUCACUGGAUUUACUUGUAGUACAUUAGAUCCUUCAUUUUUUAUCUUCAAGCAAAAUCAUAUCUUGGUCCUAAUGCUUAUAUGCGUGGAUGAUAUCAUUCUCACCGGAAAUAACCAAACUUUUAUUAUGAACUUGGUAACAAAGUUAAGCACAGAAUUUGCCUUGAAGGAUUUGGGAGCUCUGCACUAUUUUUUAGGUGUUGAAGUUCAACAUACGCACAAUGGCUUCCACAUUACACAAAGCAGAUAUACGAGAGACAUCUUAAUGAAAGCCAAAAUGUUGGAAGUUUCUCCUAUAUCCACUCCUAUGGCAACAAGCAAGAACAAGUGCCCUCAUGAAAAUGAACUUGUAGAUCCCACAGCUUAUCGAAGUUUGGUGGGCUCCCUUCAAUAUCUCACCUUGACAAGGCCGGAUAUUCAUUUCUAUGUUAACAAAGCUUGCCAACAUAUGCAGCAACCACAAAUGCAACACCUCAGGGAUGUUAAAUGCAUACUUCGCUACCUUAAACACAGUCUGAAUCAUGGUAUUUCUUUUCGUAAAAACAGUUCUCUAAAUCUUUAUGCCUUUUGUGAUGCAGAUUGGGCGGCUUGUCCAACCACUAGAAGAAGUACCUCAGGUAUUUAUGUAUUCCUCGGAUCUAAUAUAAUCUCUUGGUCCUCAAAGAAGCAACCAACAGUUUCAAGGUCAAGCUCCAAGGCAGAAUAUCGAUCCAUCGCUAAUGCAACAGCAGAACUAACAUGGAUCACAUUCCUACUUCGUGACAUUGGCAUUCCUCUCACUAAACCACCUGAACUCUUCAGUGACAACAUGAGUGCACUUCAAAUGUCAAUCAAUCCAGUGUUUCAUGCAAUAAAGAAACACAUCGAGUUAGACUACCAUUUUGUUCAUGAAAAGGUUGCUCUUGGAUCCCUCAUUACACAAUAUAUUCCAACUCAUGAUCAACUAGCUGAUAUUUGUACGAAACCUCUCCCCAAAAACAUGUUCAAAAGCCUUGCUAGCAAACAAGGUGUACGAGCUCUCCCUACCACCAGUUUGAGAACGAUGUAAAGAUUCAACUAGCUCAUGUUCCCAUAUCAGUGGCUCAAGUCACCCCAAUUUUUGCCUUCAACACGGACCCAAUACCACAUCUGUCUACUGCAUAUGAGAAUGAUAAAUUGGAGGCACAAACUAAUCGACCUAAUUUAUCUCAAUAAAGUCUCCUCAAUUAAGUCCCAGUUGGCUGAUAUAAAUCAAUAUAAAUCAACAUUAUUUCAGUCCCUAAAUUGUUGUUAUUCUCCAUCAUUGUGAUCUCCAUUAUUGCAAUUUCCCUUGUAUAUCGUGUACCAUUAAAGAUGGUAAGUUUCCGUUGUAGUUUUUUCAUCUCUCCUUGUGCAGUAUUUAAAAAGGAUGAGAGGACUCUUGUAAUAUAGAAAAAAAAAAUACAUACUGAUUAUUGUUUACAA